AUGCGGAUUCACCAAAUAGCCAAUGUCUCUAAAGCGCUAAAGUUCCUGGAGGAGAGGACUGAUGAGCCCCUGGGGUCGAUCGGUACUGAAGACAUUGUCGAUGGCAAACUCAAGCUGACCCUUGGUCUACUCUGGAUUAUCAUCUAUCGAUUUCAAAUCCAGCAAAUCGCCAACACUAUGACUGACCUAUACCCCUUUCUUGCCACGGAAGAUAUCCUUCAAGUUGAUGCUAAACAAGCACUUCUACGAUGGGUCCGAUACCAGCUCGAAGAUUAUUCAGAUGUCAUCCCGCCCAUCCAAGAUUUUCAUAGAUCUUGGCGGACAGGACUCGCCUUUGCAGCCUUGAUCCAUCGUCAUGACCCCGAAUUCCUU